GAGAUACCUUCUAAUAAACAUCCAUACAGACGCAUUUAUAAUAUUAGUAAUAUUAUAUUUCAAUAUAUAGGACGAGCUAUUUCAGACUACGAGACGAAGUUCUUCGCGGACCGAAUUCAUAAAUAUGCUGAUGUCACCCUUCAACAUUGUACAAUGAAAAUGCACUUUAUUGCAAUACCAAUGAGUCUAAAUUAGAUUGCAUAUCCAUUAUAUACUGUAAUCUAAUAGGUUAAGAUUAUUACUUGUCAUUUGUGGUAGGAAAUGAGGUUCGCUGUAAUUUAAGAUGUUAUUGUAGUUAGGUUAUGGUAAAAAAAAAUAUUGUCUUUGAAUGCUUUAAUAUAUGCGAUUUAAGAAAAAAAUAUCCUUUACUUCCGUAUGAGUUAUAUUGACUAAUAAAAAGUUUGACACUUUUAAUUUCUUUUUAAACUUUUUUUUUUAAUGACAAAAGCUUAAGUCAUAAUGCCACUUCAAGUUAAGUGACGACAAAAGAUAAUACGCAUAAGCUACUCUUGAUACAGAAACAAGAUGGUGCUACCUAUGUUACGAAGAUGUUGCGGAUGUCUCUCGUUGGAGACAGGAUGUUUCGCACUAUGCAUUAUGUCUAUUUUAUUCUGCAUAACAUACAUAGUAGUGGGGGCGUGGAAUCUUCCUCGUCACAGGCUGAGAGAGACAGAAGAUAACCUCAUCUCCAUGACUAUGAUUAUGUUCUCUACUCUCUCUGGCAUCAGUAAUCUUGUUGUGUUGGCAGGCAUGGGAUUUAGACGUCCAGAAUUCCUGCAGCUAUCGAUCUUAUUUAAUUCGUUCUUCAUCCUGUGCCUGUUCCUAGUGGCUGCUGUGACGUGUCUCUUUAGCAGCGAGCUCCGACCACAUCUUGAAAGCCCUAUACACAUCGUCGCUGUUGUCUUCUUGUUCGUUGCUGGAGCUGGUUAUUCUUUAUACUACUUGACGGUUGUGAAUAGUUUGUACAGAAAGAUGAAAGAAUCUUACGGCGACACAGAACUACCCAAACAAAGAACGAACCGGAUAAAUAGUGAUUUUUAAUUUAUAACUAAUAUUUAUUAUUUAAGGUUAGAUUAAGUUUGUUUUGAAUAAA